AUGGAGUGGUCGCGAGGCGAUUCAAAGGCGCAAUUUCUCUGGAUAGAGGGGCCCGGAACCGAUGUCACGGACUCUGAGAGGUCUAUAUCAAUGGUAGCAGCAAGGUUAGUUGCUUCAGCUUCGCUCGCCGAGGUCCCGGUCAUAUCGUAUUUCUGCGAACUCCUCAGAAGCGUGCAACUCCAGUACUACCCAGCGAGUUUCCCAGAGGAGCAAGCCGCUGUGGCUUUAGCAUCUGCCCUGAUACGACAAACAGUCGAGGUACUCCUCCCCAAGUUUGAUACCAAUUUCGAUCUGAGUAGACCGCGAUUCGAACAGCUCAAUGGAACAUUCCAGUCCUGGGAUGUCUCCAUGGAAGUAUUGGCAGACUUGCUGAGCUUGGUUCCGGGGACAGCAUUUUGUGUGAUUGAUGGGAUUCAUUGGCUGGACAGUCAGAGAGCGGACAAAUAUCUGCGGGCUUUCGUCGAAGUACUCAGGAACUCAACGAUGAAGAUCAUGUUCACAACUUCGGGCCGUUCUGGAUGUCUUCUGGAGGAGAUUCCCGUAUCGGAGACAAUCCAAGUCAUGAGAAUGCCUGCCAUUGGGACUCAAAGUCUCACAGAACACUUGAUUCUCGAGCAAUUUAGAAAGAGAAGGGAUCUAUAG